AUGUCUUCCCCGACGCAGGCCCUCACCCCACAACUUAACCUCGGGAGCACGUUCGGCGCACUGUUUAUUGGUGUCACCUUUGCAGCAAUUCUCUUUGGUCUAAGUAACGUUCAAGCUUUCGUCUACUUUCAGACCCACAAGGACACAGGGAUAUCGUUCUCUAAGCUAGCCGUCGUCUGGCUUUGGAUACUCGAUGCACUGCACCUGUCCUUGAUAGUCCACUGCGUCUAUUAUUAUUUAGUGGAUCACUAUGCGGACAUCAGCGCACUCACAGAAGUUGUGUGGAGUUUCAAACUUCAAAUAGUCAUCGACGUUAUAAUUGUCUACGGGGUACAUCUUCUAUAUUUUCAUCGCAUAUGGAUAGGUAUGCGUUCUCGUAUCGAGCCAAUGGGUUUCUUUGACCAAUGCAAUGUAUCAGUCGCCAAGGGCCGAUCAAAAGUCCUCCCUAUAGUAGUGGGCGUAAUCGUCAUUUUGGGUUCAGGUGUUGCCAUCGCUCUUAUUUGGGUUGUCUAUCAGUGUCAUGCGUUCUCGGAUCUGAGUGAAUUCGAGUGGGCGACCUUUAUGGCUUUGGGCACGAUGACUUUUGUCGAUUUUGUUAUCGCAUCAUCGCUAUGUUAUCUCCUCGCUAUUUCCCGUACGGGAUUCUCUAGUACUACUCAGCACCGAUUCCAUGUUGACAAGGCUCAUGGCUUACAUUAUCAACACGGGUUGUCUGACGAGCGUGUGUUCGCUUUCAGUUAUAAUUACAUGAUGCCGCACAACUUCAUCUUCCUCGGCGUUGAUUUUUUAGUGGCUAAAUUAUAUGUCAACUCAUUCUUCGCACUCCUGAACGCGCGAUACUACUUGCAGCCCCCUGCAGAAACUAAUCAUUUUGCUCAAGUUCAUAUGCCCCACGACAUCUACCACCCACUGGCAGAGCUGAAUGUCGUGGCAGUCCCAAGACGAAGAAUCCUAGGGAUUCCGGAAGAGCAUUUUUGA